UCGAUGUCUUACAGCGCUUUCGAAACACUUUGCAACACACACCCUCAAGCAAUUAUUUCGAUAUUUGUAAAUAAAUUAAAUCAUAAGCUAAAAUUUCACAAAUAGAGAAUUAUUAACAAGUAGUUGGGGAUAUAUGAGUGUUUGUAAAACAUGUCAGUUUGCAAAGCCGAUCCCUGGCAAGUGAAAAACGAUAGCACUAAAAUACAAGAGAACGGAAACAUUGAAGUGAUUGAAAAAUUUGAGGAUAAUUUCAACCCCAAUAAAUCUGAGACGCAUAUAUCGGAGGAAAUCGACGGCGACAACAAAACUGAAAGUAAUGUUACUGGCUCAACACAAAUUGAACCAUUGCCAGACUCGGCAAACUACUUGCAAUCGCUAGAGCGCAAACUGCAAAGAGUGCAGAAAGGUGCCAAAUUGUUGGAUUCGCUGCAGGAGAAGAAACAGGAUUGUAUGCGAAAUCUGUUAGCAUCGGACGGUUUGCCAGCAACAACACUUGAGCAGCUGCUUGAGCUUGAUACGCCCAUUGAGAGCGGUCGGUUGCAUCGUCAUCUACUGCCCGUGCAGGCGGUGACGGUGGGUGAAACUCUGCACAUAGUGAAACACGACGCUCUCGAAGAGCAGAUUGAAGAAGAGCAGCAGCAGCAGCAGAAGGAGCAACAGCAAGAGAAGAUAGGGGAAAGUAAUUAAAUCAUAAUGGAUUCAACGUUUGGCAAUG